UACCUUCCUGAGACUAAGAAGAAGAGCAUGUUCAGUGUGUUGUUCUCUGAACUGAACUCGGCGGUGUUUAGUGUCAUCAUAUUCAGGUAUUUUGUCGGUGUUUUUCUCUCUAACCGGAGCGGAAGCAGCAGUAGCCUCGAGUGAACUGGCGGACCGACCCGCAGCGCGUCUCUGCGGGACAACAUGUACCGCGGACGGCCCGAGUUUAGAGACUACCCGCCUCCCCAUAGGCCUCAUCCGUCAGCGGGCUACCGGGAUGAGCGGCCCAGACCAAGACCUCCGUACCACCAGGACUACCCGGACUACCGGGACCACGCAGCCCAGGACCCCUACCGCCGCAGGUACUCCUCCCCCGGCUCCGGAGGCCACCGCGGCGGGGAUUUCUGGAGCGGAGCUUCGCCUCUUGAGAGAUCUCCGUCCCACCGAAGACCGACCCACAUGGACCACAAUGAGCUGGUUCACCAUGGCUCUGUCCCCGCUCCGCUCCACCAUGAAAGAGAUUACUCGCCUCGUCUCGAAUAUAAGCGCAGUAGCAGCAGGGGCCGAAGUCCAGGACGGAGCAAAAGCCGUCACCGUGGUCAGAGUCGUAGUCCAGAUCAGCGCCGUGGGAGGAGCAAGAGCCGAACCCGAGGCAAGAGCCGCAGUCCUGACCGAAGUCGGGCCAAGAGCCGUGGGAGGAGCAAGAGCCGAACCCGAGGCAAGAGCCGCAGUCCCGACCGAAGUCGGGCCAAGAGCCGUGGGAGGAGCAAGAGCCGAACCCGAGGCAAGAGCCGCAGUCCCGACCGAAGUCGGGCCAAGAGCCGUGGGAGGAGCAAGAGCCGACCCCGCAGCAAGUCUAGAUCCAGGUCCAGAUCAAAAUCCCGGAAGAGCAGAGGAAGGAGUCGCAGUCGGCAAUAUCGCAGCAGUUCGAGUUCCAGUAGCUCAAGCAUAGAGAAGACGGAUGGAAAAGGUGAUGGAUUCUUUAAAGAGCUGGAGAUGGCACGGCGCAAGAGAGAGGUGGAGGAGCUUUUGGGUCAGCCGACCAAAUCCAUCCUAAAGAAACACAACAGUUAUGAAGCCUCCCCGUCUGUUCGGAGCACCGACUCUCCCGGGGAUCUGGACCGCACCAUGUCCCACGUGGCUGACCAGCUGCUGCAGGCUGUUAAAAUGAACGACCCGCUUGCUGUGGCUGCUGUGCUCUCAGAACUGCGGUCUGACCCGGAGAUGUCGCAGCGGGCAAACCUCAACAAUGAGAUCAAAGAAAUCCUGAACCUGCUGGGCGUGGCCGAGCCGUUGGGUGACGUUUCAGAGAAAGCUCUAGAUGAUAUCGAUGAUGAAGAGAAGUUCUUGUACGGAGAAUUGGAGGAGCCCAAAAUCUUAGAGGCACCAGAACCAGCUCGACACAGCAGUCUUGACCUGUAUGGCGACGUGACGGAGGACUCCCUGUACUCCGAUCCCCCCUCACAGAGCGCCGUCAGUCAGGUGCACAGCUGCCCUCCAAGCAUUUCACCUCAUCCUCAGGCCACUCCCACUGCAAGCGAGAUUAACAGAUACGUAAAUCAACCUAGCAUAAGCGCUGACCAGAACGUCACGGUUCAGGUGUCGAACCCCUCCUACCCACCAGGAAUGGAACCGUUGGACGAGAGUGAGCGCCAGGCUUUGGAGGAGUACGAGAAGAUCCAGGACCUGCUGAAAACCAUCGGGCUGGACCUGGGUGUGAACGAGAUCACCAAGAUGGCUGCCAGGACCAAGGAGCGCCUUCAUGGGAAAAAGCAGCCUCUGAAGACGCCCACACGGCGACGACGUCACUCUUCCAGCAGUUCCAACCGCAGCGGCCGUAGCCGAAGCCGGAGGCAUAGCCAGAGUGAGAGUUCAAGUAGCAGCAGCAGAAGUCGCAGUCGUGGGCGAGGCACCAAACGGGGGGCCAGCUGGAGCAGUGAGGAUCAUGAGCCCAAGAAAAGCAUGGCUCCUAAAACUGCCAACGAUUGGGAGGUCAAAGAGGCAAAGAGCGAGUGGAGCACCCCCAUGAUCCCGCCGACAUCUGACCCCGCCCCCAUCCCAACUCAUACGGGCAUGCCCAUCCCUACCUACCCUCCCCCACCUCUCUCUGGCAUGAUGCCCCCUAAUUUCCCCCCUCCAGGGUACAGCCAGUAUGGAAACUAUUUGCCCUACAUGCAUCAGCAGUGGCCCCCCAUGUACCCGCCCCCUAACAUGGCCCAACCUCCUCAGACCACCACCGAUGAACACCCACCACCUCUAACGUACAACAGCAAACCGAGCCCUGCGGUGGAGUCCAAAGGAGCUGUGAGAGCCGCUUGUCAGGAAGAGCAGCAGCUGCAGCGGGGUCAGGACCAGAACAUUUCCGACGAGCAGAACAAGGAGACUGAGAAACUAAAGGUUCUAGAAGAGCGGGAGAAGCUGAGGGAAGAACGGGAGGUCCGAAUGACGAAGAAAGAGUACCUGAUAAAGGAGCUGGAGCGACUCAGGAAGCAGCAGGGUGAGCUGCUGAGGAAGAAGCGCCGUGAGAAAGACGGCCAUAAGGACCCGCUCCUGCAGGAGAUAACCCGCCUACAGGAGGAGGUGAUGGCCAAGAUAUCCAAUCUCCGCAAAGAGCACGAGGCUGCUGAGAGGAAACGCAGCGAGAUUGAGAAGAUCGCGCUCAUCCUUGGCUUGAGCCCUUCAGACCGGCCCAUCAGGACCAACAAGCAGCCCAGAAACCAAAGGCAGGAGGCGGUGCCUCCCCAAAUGGAAAGACUGGAGCGAGAGAGGAGCCGGGAGGAGCAGCCGGCUGCAAGCAGCUCUGUGGUAAAGCCAAUUCCAGUGGUUUCGCCAAAGGCCUUCCAGGAAAAGCUGCCCUCCAGCGCUGCUACUCCGGCUCCGCCCCCCGACCCGUUUGAAUACUACGAUGCUGGAAACCAUUGGUGUAAAAGCUGUAACAUCACCUCUGGUUCCAUGUUUGACUUUUUCACUCACUUGCACGGCAAAGGGCACCGGAAGACUCUGAAUCCGUACGACCGGCCCUGGGCCUCCAGCAACACCAACACCUCUAAGAGCAGCACAGGAGAGGUCAAGCAGACCAAACCGGCCAAAGGUUCAGAGUUCCUGGUUCCGGUCAGAGGGUUCUUCUGCAUGCUGUGUAAGGAGUUUUGUGGAGACGCCAUCUGUGCAGAGCAGCAUGUGAUCACAUACAGUCAUAAUGAGAAAUACAAGGAACAAAUGAUGGAGAAUCCCCUGUAUGAACAGAGGAGGAACCUGGACAGACAGGCGGGCCUGGGUCUGGAGGCGGCUGGAAAGAAACGCAAACAUGAUGUUGAUGAUAGAGGCAGCAAAGACGGAGAGGAAAAUACUAAAACCAAAAAGGAUAAAAAGGACAAAAAGAAUGAAGGAGAGGCUGCUGAAAAGUGUGAUGUAAAGAUUAAAGUGAAAAAAGAGGAAGGGGAGCAUAGUGAAAAGCCGAGCAAAAAGAGCCUGGAGGAAGACAAGCCUUUUUCUAGCAAAAAAGAUGAGAAUGAAAGCUAUAAAUAUAGCAAAAAGGAUGAGAAGUACCGCCACAGCCGCGAGGUGGAGGACAGAAACAGCCGGUACAGAAGCGGCGGUCGAGAUGAAGAGUAUCGCUAUCAUUAUUGCAGGGAGGAUGAAAAACGAUACGACGAUCGUACUAAUUCCGGCACUAAAGACGUUGGGGACAAAUUCAAGCAUGAUAAAUUUUCUGAUACCAGAUCUAAAUAUGACCGAGAGCGAGAUGAAGGAAAGUCUAAAGCUGAAAGGGAAUCUGCCAAAUCCCUCGGGAAACCAAAUGUCAGAAAGUCUGAACCACAAUCAAAACCCCAUGAGCUGCCCAAAAUCUUCUGUGGACCCAGUCCUGCCAUGAGGGCAAAGCUCCGCAAGCAGGCUUUGGAAGCAGGCAAAGUUCAGCCCGCCACAGGCCCUUCAAUUGGGAAGUUCACAUGGACGAAGAAAGAGAGCCAGCUUGCGAAGGAAGCUCGGCAAGUUGCAGCAGAGUUCAUCAAGGAUGAGGAAAUGGCUGCAAAGGAGCAGCAAGGUGAAGAUGAAGAUUCUCUAUCAAAGUCGAUAGCUAUUGCAAAAGAGAUUGCUGAGAAGCUGGCAGGUGAGCCACUAAAGCACCCACCUUUCUACCAGCCUGGUCAAGGACAAAUCCGGCCAAACCUUCGUGCACCUGUUGCACAGCAAAGGAAAGCUGCCUUGGCAGGAAAACCUGCGUCACUUAAUACAUUCCUAAACAUGAGACCCCAGGGCUCAGAUGGAAGUUCUCCAGGGUCUAUUCCUAGGGCCCCAUUAGGGCCACCAAAUACACAGAUGGUCCAAAGCAUACCUGGACCUCCUGUCAACAUAUCCGGACCAUGUGACCCAAUACCUACACCAGUAGUGACAAAACCAGAGCCAUUUGGCCCUAAACUCCCUCCUUCAGUGUCAAAACCGGAACCAUGUCAAGAUACUUCAGCAGGUUCUAAAUCUGAUUUAGCUGACCCAAGACCUGCACCUUCUAAAGCUAAACAAGUAUUUCUCAAACCUUCUCCGCUACAGUCGCCACCUACUCCAGUUCCGAGUAAACCUUCAACAAUUUUUCCUUUCCCAUUAAGAAAAGAAUCAUCAGAAACUAAAGCUCUUCCAUCAGAAGUUAAAGCUUCAGUUUCUCAGGCUCCUAAACUACCACUCACUUCACCAAAAGCCGCACCUUCACAACCACCAAUGAUGAUCGUGUCUGACGUGGCAGCUCCUGGUGUCCCAGAAAGUGAACAGACUUGCAAUGUGUUUGUCAAGCCGCCUCCUUUCAAGAAGCUGCCAGAGGUAUCUCGGAAGUCAGAAAAAUUCAAGAACAACCUUGCUGCUGCCAGGGCAGAGGACUUAAUUGAUAUGUUUUAUCGUAGCAUUGGUGAGCCAGGCCCUUCCUCUUUUUCCAAGUCAGAAACUGACAUCAAAGCUGGUAGAAGCUCUUCUUCAGCCCCUCAAAAUAAGAACCAACAACAGCCACAAGAUAAGCCCCCGCCUCAGAUUGAAUCACCAAAUAAAGCCCAAACUCAGUCCCAAAACCAGCCACAGCUCCAAGGGCAGCUUGGAUCGAAAAUACAGACAGAACAAAUUCCAUGCGAUAAAACUGAAGCUCAAUCCCAAACCCAACUGCAAUCCCAAGGUAAAACCCAACCCUUGACCCCAUUGCAACCAAAAAUUCAACCGCAGACACACUCGCUACCCCAAGAUACUCCCGAAUCUCAACCCACAAAGCAACAACUUCAGACUGAUAAUAAACCACAAAUUCAGCUGCAAGCCCAAGAUAAAUCAGAACUCAAACCCCAGGAUAAAACUCAAUCACAAACCCAGUUGCAAAUCCAAGGGACAGAACUGCAACCCCAAGAUAAGCCUGAAUUCCAAACCCAGGGGCAACUACAAAAGCUGAAUAAACCAGACUCUCACAUCCCCACACAGCUACAACCCCAAGAUAAACCUGACUCCCAAAGCCAGAAACAACAACAAACACCGGAAAAACCAGACUCUGACAUCCCCACACAGCUACAACCCCAAGAUAAACCCGAUUCCCAAAGCCAGAAACAACAACAAACACCGGAAAAACCAGACUCUGACAUCCCCACACAGCUACAACCCCAAGUUAAACCCGACUCCCAAAGCCAGAAACAACAACAAACACCGGAAAAACCAGCCUCUGACAUCCCCACACAGCUACAACCCCAAGAUAAACCCGACUCCCAAAGCCAGAAACAACAACAAACACCGGAAAAACCAGACUCUGACAUCCCCACACAGCUACAACCCCAAAAUAAACCCGACUCCCAAAGCCAGAAAGAAACACAAACCCUGGAUAAACCCGACUCCCAAUCCCAGAAACGACAACAAACCCUGGAAAAACCAGACUCUGACAUCCCCACACAGCUACAACCCCAAGAUAAACCCGACUCCCAAAGCCAGAAAGAACAACAAACACCGGGAAAACCAGACUCUGACAUCCCCACACAGCUAAAACCCCAAAAUAAACCCGACUCCCAAAGCCAGAAAAAAAUACAAACCCUGGAUAAACCCGACUCCCAAUCCCAGAAACGACAACAAACCCUGGAAAAACCAGACUCUGACAUCCCCACACAGCUACAACCCCAAGAUAAACCCGACUCCCAAACCCAGAAAAAAACACAAACCCUGGAUAAACCAGAAUCUGACAUCCCCACAGAGCUACAACACCAGGAUAAACCCGACUCCCAAAGCCAGAAACAACAACAAACCCUGGAAAAACCAGACUCUCACAUCCCCACACAGCUACAACCCCAAGAUAAACCCAAUUCCCAACCCCUGAAACUGCUACAAGCUAAGGAUAAAACUAAAGUCCAGCAGCAGCCACACCAGGAAAAUCCCCAAAUUGCAAAUGAACCCUCAGAUAAACAUCUGGACCAAUCAACACAUCAAACAGAGCUCCAACAGCAGUCUCGAUCUGUCCCUGACGCUCAACCUAUAUUUACAAUCCCACCACAGACCGAGUCCCAUCAAAGCUUACAAAGCCCACCAAACCAAACUGAUGCUGACAUUCAGAUCACAUCCGUUUGGUCUCUUCAAUCUCCCUCAGUUCUAUCACCCAAGGCUGAUUGUCCUGAUGCAUCCUUUCCCAUGUUUCAAUUCGAGCAGACUACCGAGGUAUUGUCUCAAAGAGAGUCCACUGAUUCUGGGCCUGAAUCACUAAUCCCCCCACAAACUAGUCCUUCCACAAUGGAACCAAUUGUUCAAGCCUUGUCCAAACCAACUCCUCAUAUCAACGAGGCGCCUCAGUCCGAAUCCCAUGCAGACCUGGAUGGAAAUUCACAUCAAGAGAAGACUCCACAACCCCAGCCUAAACCCAAACCUGGUCCAAGAACCAGAGGCAAGGGAGCACAAAUGAAGAAGACCCCUCCUGCCAAUGCACCUGUUCGUCAGACUCGCUCCCAAACAAGAUACCAGACCCGCCAGCAGCAGCAGCAAAGUGAUUCAGAACCCAAACAGGAACCAGCUGCAGUGGACCAAGGCAUGUUGGAUUUAGACGCUGAAGGUCUGGCAUGUUUUGAUCCACAGCAGGAGGCCGACACGGUUAAAGAGACUGAUCCUACAGAGACACGGGUCACCCCAGAAUCGCUGGGUCUCCCUUCAGAUAUGACGUCCCUUGACUUUGACUACACUUUUAACUUUGAAUAAGUGUUAGGGCGGUUUGGAGCGACACAAAGAUCUGGGUCUGGUUUAUGUACAGGAUAAACUGUUGAUAAGUUUAUUUAGGGGGUACUGAACCCCUGUGCUGUUUUAAAGACCAGAAUAAUGUAAAUAAAUUUGCUCACAUUGCCUUUCUGAAGGACGGUGGGUUUAAAGGCACGUCAUUAUUGUCCCCCAAAAAGCCCUCGCUGAUACCUGCUACCAUUUUGGAUCCAACUUGUCUGACUCGUUGGAGAUCUAAAAGCUGUAGAUCUAUUUAUGACUCCUGUUUUCCACCAAGAGCAAAUGUUUAUUUCCUACAGGUCUUUAUUCUGCUCGCUGUAGCUUCCUGCUCUGUGGACUUAAAUGAUUUUCAUUGUUGGAUCUUUAAACCAAGACCAGCGGCUCCUCUGUUUGUGCUUGUAACAUAUUUUAGCUGUAAUGUUUGUUUCUUUCUGCAGAGUUUUAAUAAAGGUUGGCAGAGAAUUUUCUGAA